AUGGGUAAGAUGACGACGAUCCCCGUCAAGGUCAAGCACAAUGGGAAGAUAUACGAUGUAACUCUGGAUCCGACGGCCCAAGGACUCGCAUUCAAGCAGGCGAUCGCGGAGGCCACGCAUGUGCCGUCGGAGCGCCAAAAGGUCAUGAUCAAGGGCGGCCUGCUGAAGGACGACACGGACCUCGGCCAGGUGGGUGCGCGCGCGGGCCAGACGUUCAUGGUGAUUGGAGCCGCGGGCGAGCUGCCCAAGGCGCCAGCCAAGCCAAUCCAGUUCCUCGAGGACCUGCCGGAUGAGGACCUGUCUCAGGCGCAGUCGUGGCGUGGCGGGCUUGUGAAUCUGGGCAACACGUGCUAUCUGAACUCGACGCUGCAGGUGCUGCGCAGCAUAGAGCCGCUGCAGGAGGCACUCGCGGCGUUCACGCCGCGCGUGGGCGCGAGCGAGGGUGAUGCGAAUCUGCUGGCGGCGCUGCGCGACCUGUACCGGGACAUGGGCAAGACGACGGAGGCUGUGCCGCCGCUGGUGUUCCUGUCGAUCCUGCGCAAGCUUGCGCCGCAGUUCGCGGAGAUGGCGGAGGGCGGCGGGUACGCGCAGCAGGACGCGGAGGAGGCGUGGAUGCGCAUCAUGCAGGCACUGUCGAUGCUCCCGUCUCCCUCGGCGCCGGGCGACCGGAUUGUGCCGCAGUACCUGAGUGGCACGAUGGCCAUUGAGCGCCGCUGCCUCGAGGUGGAUGAGGCGCCGUCGGCGCUCAAGGAGCCGUUCCAGAUGCUCCAGUGCAACAUUUCAAGCACGACCAACAACAUGGAGAGCGGCAUCGAGGACUCGAUGACGCAGCACCUCGAGAAGCACUCGGACACGCUGCAGCGCGCCGCGUCGUACGAAGAGAAGCGGCGCAUUGCGCGCCUGCCGGCGUUCCUGGCGGUCCACUUUGUGCGCUUCUACUGGCGCCGCGACAUCCAAAAAAAGACCAAGAUUAUGCGCAAGGUCAAGUUCCCCAAGGAGUGGGAUGCCAGCGCGCUGGUCACGCCGGAGCUUGCCGAGCGGAUCGCGCCGGUGCGGACGAAGAUGCGGGAGAUCUCCAAGGAGCGUGACGAGCGUGCCAAGGUCCGCGCGCGCGCCAAGGGGCGCCCAGACGAGGCGGCGGCUGUGGAAGGCGGCGCGCUGACGGACGAGCAGGAGAAGGCACAGCGGGCCAAGGAAGCCGCGGAGCUCGAUGCGACGAUCGAUGCGGGCCUGCGCAGCGAUCCGGGCUGCAAUGUGAGUGGCCUGUACGACCUCGUGGGCAUCGUUACGCACAAGGGCGCCGCGGCGGACGCAGGGCACUACAUGUCGUGGGUGCGCAAGGAGCCGCGCGCCGACGAUGUGCUGGCACCGCCGUCGACCGAGUGGUACAAGUUCAACGACGACCAAGUGAGCGUCGUACCUGCCGACAAGCUCGAUAGCCUGAGUGGCGGCGGCGAAGACUCGGUGGCGUAUCUGCUGCUAUACCGUGCCAAGACGCUGUAG